AUGGCGAACAGAUAUUCUGUCCCUCUUCUUUCAGCUCUUAUUUUCCUCUCCUGCUUCACUUGUAUACAUUCCGCCGAUUUAACUUUCAAUGAACCUGGAUUUGAUGAGACUAUAGUAUUAGCAAGUAAAGUAGAAUGUUCAGAUGGGACACUUGUCUUGCGUUUUGGCAAAGCAGAUCCUGGCGACGCCUACUGUUUUGCCCCCGAAAUGCAGUAUCGUAUUAUCAGACCAGAUGGAUCAGUCGCCACCCUCCCUUUAAACUUUACAUUCCCAGCUGCAAGUCGUUGUUCAUAUUACUUGGAUACGACGAAUGAAGCUGAUGGAAUAAGAAUGUAUUCUAUGCCGUAUAAUCGACUUUUCAUAACGUACGUGGAUGCUACGACUUACACGGACGUAUCAACAUACGUUGACAAGGGAAUACUUGUUUCUUUCAACGGAGAUAUAAUUGGUGAUCCUAUAAUCUUCGGCACUGCUUACAAUUACGUGGGCGAUAAGGGCCCCACAGCAAAAGCAGGCGCUUUAAUACGGAACAUAGGCAACGUCAAUGAAUUCUUGUUUGUGCAAGAAGCAGCUGGGGAUGGUGUAUCAGUCUACUACAAAUGGCAACGAUUUACAGAACCUAAUGCUGAGGGCAUAAUUACGCCAAUAGACCAACGCGUUGUUGUCCAGGAACCGACGCUAGGACAGCUAUGGUCCACUACAUUUGCAACACGAGACGGUGGCUAUGCGCUGGUUGGUGCGUAUACAGUCGUAGACGAUACAGCGGCAGACAAAAAGCCUAAAAAGGCACCCCCUGUGCCGGCCAUUGCUCCAGUAGAUAUUCGAACUCGUUGUGAAGUCACAUUCUUCCGUCCAUUGACCAAUGACACGAUUGGUCCGUUUCUUAUAUAUCAGACUUCGGUUGCAAAGGCGUGGGUUGAUCCCAUGGAUUGCAGCAAUUCUGCCCUUGGUGUUGGGUAUUUAUGUGUCGCAACGGUCGAAAUCCCAAUCGGGAAAACACAAAAUUCUUUAGUUUAUUAUCAGGCUGUUCGUUUCUUGUCAUCUGGCUCUGUAACAGAGACACGGACGCUACCAGUGGAUCCCAAAGCGCCGCCCGGUAGUGUCGAUGUUAGAUCCAUGCCAUUCGGAGGAUAUAUGCUAGUGGAAGCCCCAAUGAAUGCCAAGCAGACGCAAUACAUAGUCACCUCUCAACUAUUAAACGACGAUGGAACAGUAUCAAAUAAAGCACUGAACAUUCCUCAACCUUUAGUAUUCAAUGUCAUCAAUAACGUGGUGAUCGAUGUAUUCUUUCCUAAUAAUUCUUGGGGCUUUGUCUCACGACCUACAGCGACUACAUUUAGAUUGACGGAAUAUGAUAUACCUAAACUGUGGAACGACGAUGUCGUCGGUCUGGAUAAUCCAAACAUCAGGGCCAUCUGGCCUCUUAUUAAUGGGAGCAUUUCACCAAAUGACAAAGUUAACGUUAGUUACAACGUUCCAAUAAUUUUCUCCACCCAGUCAUUGAGUGUCUACCAGGUCAACCCAAACAGUAACGACUCUAGUGGUGAUUACUUACGGCAACGGUGUUCUGCACGUGACUUGUCCUGUAAUAUUUUAAUCCAAAAUGACACAAUCGAGUUCACUCCGCUUAGCAGCACAUUUAAUACUCCGGGCGUCCAGUAUUACGUCGCAAUUGAUUCUGACUAUGUCAAGCAGAGCAAUAUUAGCGAAGCCGUUCCCGGAAUAUUGAAUAGGCAGUGGCAAUUCCAAGCGUCUGUUGAUUCAGGCACAUUUUCAGAUUCAGUUACGGGAUUGCUUAGACUGAAUCUUGAUGAAUCGCAGCAUUUCGACAGUCUUAACAACGACGGGAAAUCUGCAUUUUUUGACGAUUUAACUAAUGCGCUGGUCGAUAUUAUCCCAGUCGAACCAAGUCGGUUGACUACAAGCAAACUUUUUCAGACCACAACUGUUGGAACUGAUGAUUUGGUACUGAUAUCAUAUACAAUUAAGAAAACUACGGACCAAAAUCAGAGAAGCGCCAACGAUCUAGCAAACGAUUUGGAUACUUUGGUAAAGUACAAGUCAAUAACACCUGUUGGAAUGAAUAACAGCACAAAAUUUUUAGAUGAGACAUACGGAUUUCAGCGGACUCAAAACUUGUGGGACAAAUAUAAGACAAGACUAUUGAUCUUAUUUCUUGCUCUCCUGGUCGUAUUGGUGCUUUUCAUAUUAGCCAGAAUCAGAAAUAACGAGGGUCAUAAUUGGGCAAUAAUACAAAUUGCGUUGAUAAUACUGGAUACCACAUUAGAUAUCUUGUUCUUAGCUGAUCACGGCCGCGAUAUACACAGCUUAUAUCUCCCAAGUGUCAUAUUCCUUGUCGUUCCAAUCGGUUUCAAUGCUAUAUCAGCGUUCCUCAUAUUCAAUUAUGAGCACGAACAUAAUAGCAGUUUCCUUAAAUGGUCAAAUAGAAACGUGAAACUAGCACCAACGUUUACUGUAUUGGCAGGCGCGGAUAUCGAAAUGUUGAACGUGCUUGCAUCUGGGCUAGCAGGCCUUAACCUUUUUAGUGCUCCAUUCUCCCGUCGAGCACUGCGAUGGAUAUUUUGGGUAAGCACGGUAAAUGUAAUAAUAGAAGACAUUCCUCAAGUGAUCAUUCAGAUCAUUUACAAAACUAGGACGGUAUCAUACGAUAUAGUCCCAUUUCUCACCUUGAUUACAAGCUGUGUCGUGCUCCUAGUUAAUUUACUAGGAAAGGUUUACUUUGUAGUCCAUUAUAUAAGACACAGAGAAUUCCGAUACAGUGUUCCUGUGAGAAUAAUGGAACGAGAAACCACAGAUUCUGUCGAAGAGAAAGCGGCUACUGAAGAUUACGUACCUACACCGAGGACGUCACAAGACGAGGAUCGGUUCACAACCACGGGAUCCGAUGAACAAUCACAAGAAUACAGAUAG